AUGACCCCAAAAUGGGAUUUAAAAGUUCAUGAGGUUGCUCAGAAUAGUUUUAGACAUGCCUAUCACCUUUUGAGUUGUAUUUCUAGUCAAAAUCACAAGACAAGCAUUGAGGAAGUAAGCCUGAUUGCUCAAGAUGCAGAAAAUGAGUUCAGAAAACUGGUCACACUCCUUGAUUCACCCACGCCAUUUCCGACCGGAUUCACAACUACGGCAUUCGAUAAUUUGGCACUUGCUUCUGUACUCCGUAUGAUUCCCGGCUGCUACAGGGGCAACGGGGAUAAAUAUCUCCCUAACAAUGUCGAUGGAAUAAUAUCAUCAGAUUAUAGGAGGAUCAGGAAGGGUCCCUUUCCAGAUUCCCAUGAUAUAAACCUGGUUGAACUCAUGGAUAGUCCGAAUUCUUUUCCCCAAGGAUUCUCAUGCAAUCCGACUGGACCCUGCAUAGUAAGAGAGUUAUUUCCCCUUCUGCAAGUUAAUAAGUCAGCUACUGCUUUGAUCCGGAGCGACAAUUUCAGCUUGUGUAGGGAUAAACAGAAUCGGGCAUUACAGCAAUAUUACUUUGUACCCAAUAUUGUUGCUAAUAAGUCUAGCACGAGUUUGAUCAGUAUGGACGGAAGUGGCAUCGACAAGCAGAAAAUUUGCUACUCAUCAUCAUCAAAAGUUUUGGGUUCUAGGAAUGAAUCCUCCAUGUUAUCUUCCAAGAGAAGUUGUGGGGUGAAAAGUGAAGCCAGUACAAGAUGCGAAGCCUCAACUAGUGGAUGUCAUUGCUCAAAGCGAAGGAAACUGAGAAUAAAGAGAACAAUCACAGUUCCAGCUAUGAGUAAUGAACUAGCAGAUAUACCUCCUGAUGACUACUCAUGGAGGAAAUACGGGCAGAAGCCCAUAAAGGGAUCUCCACAUCCUAGGAGCUACUACAAAUGCAGCAGCGUGAGGGGCUGCCCUGCAAGAAAGCACGUGGAACGGUGUUCAGAGGAUCCUACCAUGUUAUUCGUCACAUAUGAAGGGGACCACAACCACUCCAUAAUUGCAUAUCAAACACCCAACCUAAUGAUUCAGCUCCAUCAUCUGUAG